AUGUCAACCGUAAGGAACCUUCCCGUCGGCGCUGACUUGAUAGUCGCCCACCACGCUAACUCUUACGACUACAUUUCACCUUUGAAAUUGGACUUAACCGGUCAGCAUAUCCUCAUGACUGGUGUAGCAGACACAGGCAGAGUGGGAUAUGAUACUGCUACAGCUUUCGCGCUCGCAGGAGCAUCUCGAAUUGCAUGUUGCGAUCUACACGAUAUAUCUGAUGACAUGAUCGGCGAGUUGAAAUCAGCUGCGAAACUUGCCAAUCGCGAAGAGCCUCUGGUUUUGGUUGACAAAGUUGACAUCUCGAGCCAAGAAAGUGUCAAAGCAAUGUAUGACUCUAUAGCUCAAGAGUUCAAGGGGCGACUGGACGUUCUUGUCAACAAUGCCGCGCAUAUGGAACCAUACAAGCCUUUUCUUGAGUCUGGCCCUGACAUCUACUGGCGAACAUGGGAAGUAAAUAUCCGAGGUCUCUUCAACAUGGCACGCGCAUUCCUCCCCAUACAGCUAUCGCGUUAUUCCAAAUUUGGCAGCUCUUGUACCAUUAUCAACGUAUCGUCAUCAGGAGCUCUGAGUGUCCGCCCCGGUAGCGGAAGUUAUCGAAUCUCCAAGCUCGCAGUGCUUCGAUGGACGGAGUCGCUGCAAGUCGAAUACGGAAAACAGGGACUUUUAGCUCUCUGUGUCAACCCUGGAGCGAUCAAAACAAAGAUCACCGAAGGGGCGCCUGAAGCAGUCAGGAAUGCACUUCCUCAUCGGCCAGAUAUAGCUGGUGAUACGAUUGCUUGGCUAGCUUCUGAGCGCAGGGAUUGGCUUGGUGGAAGAUAUGUGAGUUGCCCAUGGGAUAUGGAGGAGCUUCUUGCUAAGAAGGAUGAGAUUAUUAAUGAGGAUAAACUUAAGUUGAGAAUGGUUGUUUGA